AUGGUAGCCGAGGAGAUCGUGGUCUCCCUCUUGGGAGGUUCACCGUGGGGCUUCAGACUGCAGGGAGGAGCAGAGCAACAAAAACCUCUACAGGUGGCCAAGGUUCGCCGGCGCAGCAAAGCGUGCAAAGCUGGACUGAAGGAGCAUGAUGAGCUGGUUGCCAUUGGCGACCAGAUGUGUGCAGAGCUCAGUCAUGCUCAGGCCAUGAGCCUCAUAGACAUGGAGAGCGCUACACUCAACCUGAGGGUUAAAAGAGCCCCUCCUGGAUUCCACUCCUCAUCCUACUCUGCUUGUUCUGCAUCGCCUCGCUCCUCCAUGAGGGUCCUGUCUCCCCCCGCGGACCCCUUGCCCUCCCACCGUUCCUCCAUCCUUUCCCCCACCGGGGUACCCAGGGGCAUCACCUCCCCUCCAGACAGCGAGGCCUACUACGGAGAGACGGACAGCGACGCGGACACACAGUCGCUCACGCACCGUCGCCAACGCCGCACACCUCCUCACGCACGCUCACCUGCGCGCUAUGACAACCAAGAGGAGGAGGAGACCUCAGAGAUGAGCGGGUAUGAGAGCGCCACAGAUGGAGGGGUUUCCAUGCAGGGGCAGUGGGAAGGUCAGUGUCUUCCUGGCGUCCCUCGCAGAGAACUGAUCUACCAGCCCCUCCAGACCGGGUGGACCACUCCAGCACACACCCCUCACACUCUGACCCCUCACAGGCUCACACCGACCCCUGAUCAGGGGUUGAUGGAGGCAGAGGGAGAAGGGGACAGUGGCUUCCAGGAGGCGGGGGGCUGCAUCAUGCUGGCCUGCCCACCACUCGUGUCCCCCGAAAGGGCCAAAGACGCUCUGCUGUCUGGCGCCGGUAAACAACUGGUUCCCAUGGUGGGACCACAGCAGACCCCGAUCAGUGACGAGCUCUCCACCACCUACAUGGACAAAGCACGGCAAGCCAAGUUGCAUCGUGGGGAGAGUGUGGUGGAGAAACAGGUGAAGGAAGCUCGUACUAAAUGCCGCUCUAUCGCCUCCUUGCUGACUGAUGCUCCCAACCCCAACUCCAAGGGGGUGCUUAUGUUCAAGAAACGCCGGCAGAGGGCCAAGAAGUACACACUGACCUGCUUCGGCAAAGCAGAGGGAGACAGAGGAGGGGAGACAGAAGGGGACACAGGAGGUGAGACGGAAGAGGAAGGAGGAAGCUCCGUCCUGAGUGGCUCAGAAGUUGAUGAAGAGGGAUUCACGGCGUCGUUUGACCCUACGUGGGACACCGGUUAUCUGGACCUGCUGGACAGGAGAAGCUCUGCCUGCCCAUCAAACACACCAGCUACUCCAACGACACCAACAACCAAUCACAGCUCAGGGCUGGACUUCUCAGCCUAUCAGACACCAGGACUGUUGACUUCUGUCAAUCUAGGCCCAGGGUUGGAGGUCCCGGGACUGGAGAGCUCAGCCUAUCAGGGCUCCAGGCUGGAGAGCAGCUUCAGGAAGCAGCCAAUCAGUGCCCACCCUGCACACAUGUCUCCUCCAGCUGUGGCUCUGACCAAUGGGGGGUCGGUGUCUGUAAGUCGGGCUAGUGUUGUUCUGAACCCGCCCUCUCAGAUGCCCUUUCCGAGUCAAAACGGGCAACACAGCCACCCUUAUCCUAGUCCUCACCCUAAUCCAAACCCUAACCCUAAUCCCAGUCCUAGCCCAUUCACAGACUCGGACCAUCACCUGAAUCCAAGUGUUCUGAACCGCACUGCACGGCCCUUCACCCCAGGCCCGUCCUCCCGUGCAUCUGUGACGUCUGUGAUGUUCCGCCCUCCCCAACCCAGACCUGCGGCCGUGGCCAUGACGACCAAACCAGUAGCGGCCAUCUCCAUGGUGACCAUCCAACCUGCUCGUCAUCCAUCAGGUCCAGAUGCGAGGAGAGCCGUGUCUAGCACCUCACUGUACAUCCCUCCCAGAAAUACCAACAGCAGCACUCCCCCCUCUGCUUACUCUCCCCCCUCGGCUCUCUCGCCUCCUUCCUCUCUGUCUUCGGCACCUUUCUCCCAGCCUUCACCAAAUCCAGCCAUGUUUUCCCCUCAGCCCGCCGUGUAUGCUUCCCCCUCCGUCCCGUUCUCUCCUUCUGCAGCUCAAGGAACCUUGAUCUGUCCAUCACCUGCUCAGCCCUUCUCCCCUCCAGCUCCUCAGGCAUUUCUCUCUCCUCCUGCUACUUAUCCACCUCCCUCCAACUACAUUUCUGCUCCUCCCAUCUCCCCACCACAUCCCCCUGAUUUCACUCAGGUCUCCUUCCAUGCCCAGCCGACCCAUCCUCCUCCUCCUCCUCCCACCCAACUUUCUCCAUCUCCAUCAGUCCACCCCUACAGCAACAUGACAGGUGCAGUGUCUCCUGGCCCCCAUGCUGCCAUAGCAACCGCAUCACCGCCCCAGGAUUCACUGGCGUCUCGAGAGGAGCGCAUCUCUGUCCCCGCCGCUCGCACCGGCAUCCUUCACGAUGCCCGUCGUCGUAGCAGCAAGAAGCCGAUGUUCUGUGCAGUCCAGAACAAAGAUGUUUCUCCAAACCCGGACCUGCUGUCGAUGGUCCAGAACAUGGACGACCACUUUGGGAGUGGCUCCAGGGGCCUCCCGGUGACUCCAGGUGCUGAAACUGGAGCUGCACCCAGUGGGGAGACCGGACACGAGUCAGGGCCUGAGGAGGACUGGCUGAGGCUGGGGGCAGAGGCCUGCAACUUCAUGCAGGCCCAGCGGAGAACCAGGCCACCUCCUGUAGCUCCCAAACCUCAAACCCCUCAGGUGCCACAGCUGGCAGGGAAGGGAGGUGAGCUGUUCGCCCGCCGGCAGAACAGGAUGGAUCGGUACGUUGUGGAGCGAUCUCCAUCCGUUGCUGCUGUACCUUACUCCCCCGCCCAGACGAGGGAGUCUUCACCCACACCUUCUCUCCCUUCCACCUGGAAGUACUCGUCCAGCAUCCGUGCUCCUCCUCCCAUCAGCUACAACCCCCUUCUCUCCCCUUCCUGCCCUCUGAAGGCCCAGAAGAAGUCUGCGGUGACAAAGUCCGGCCCAGCUGGAUCUAAAGGGAAGAAAGCGGCCCUCAAGUCCGUGGACAUUAUGAGCCACCAGCCCUACCAGCUCAACUCCUCUUUGUUCACCUACGGGGGCGGGGUUCCCAUGGAGACUUCCACCUAUCAGCAGCAGAAAGGAAUGACAAGUGGUCCUCAGAAGACGGCGCGGGUAUAUGAGGUGAAGCGCUUCUCCACGCCCCCACCCACAUCCACGGGGCCCGCGCUCAAAGUUAUCGUACCUCGAUCAGCCACGACACUCGGAGAACCACUGUGGCGCUCUGAUGUCACAUCUCCUCCACCCACAGUUGGUCACGCCCCCCACCAAGCCUAUCAGCCUCAACCCCAACCCUUCCAACCUCAGUGGGCCACCUCCCCUCUGUCUCCCCCACCUCCCCCUGCACCUACCGCUCCACUCCCUCAGAUUCCCACCUUCUCCGCUGCUCCUCCUUCAAAUCUAAUCCAGUCCCCGACUUUCUACCACCUUCAGCCCUCCAACCCUGCGCAGGCCAACAGGCCGUUUAAGAGUGCCCCAGAUCUGAGUCCCUUUGGUGCCUCUCGGCCGGCGUCCAGCAGCACUCUGCCUAACAGGGUCCCCAGGCCCAGGUUCAGCACCUCAAACAUGGGUCUGCAGCCUUGUGUCUGGCGUCCUGGAUCCACUGCGCACUGAACAGACUCUGGUGUGGACACAAUAAACCACGGCUCUAUGGGAGCGUAACAUUUUUUAAUAGGUCCAUGUGUUUUUAGUAUUGUGACGUUGUUAUUCAGGGCUGCAGUUGGAAUUUUUACCAGCCACGUUUUAUCACAAGAUCUGUUUUGAUCGGCCACCCAUGUAGCACAUUUCAUCACUUACAUUUAAUCUCAUUGACUCAUUUAUCUGAUGCAUUUGGUUGUAGUUAGAGGAAACACUGUGUUUUGCGAAGGAAAUGUUGUGUGGAAACCUAAGAUCUGUUAAAAAAAUAGAGAUUAACGGCAGAUUGAAAAGACACAAAGAGAUGUUGGAGAAAACUGAAAUAAAGUUCUGUAAAUUUUAUAUUGAAUGAGGAAGAAUUAAGUUCAAACAUAACAAAAAAAAGAAGAAAAGAGGAUGUGAAAAAACGAGUGUGUUGUGUGAGAGAUGUGGUCGAGUAAAGGAAAAAGAUGGAAAGGAAAGCACAGAUGAAUUACUGUAAUAGAAAAAAAAUAUCAUGAGUGUAAAAGGUGCAGAUUUAACUCAAACCUUCAAAAUCUGUUAACAUCCUGCAGCACCUGUUGCAUCCAGUAAGUUGAUUUACUAACACAUUUGAAGUAGCUGCUACUACUGUUAUUUCCCAUGUUAUAUUUAUUCUAGGGAUUUGUGUUUGAUGAGUGCCUUUUUUUUCAGUUGCACUCUGCAGCAGGGUGUGCUUUGUUUUCUGUAGUUGUUCAAAGGGUGAAGAGCACAGCUGCCAGGAAGAAGGGAAGCUUUUACAGUAGCGUUGAUUUCUGAUCUGUUGAUAUGAAACGAGAGAUGUAUAACAUGUCUGUUUAGCUGUUUUCCACAGAGACA